AUGAUCCGGCGGAAGGUGGACGAGGAGCAGGUUCGAAAGGCCUGUGCAGCGAUAGAUGAUGGCAUGUCGGUUAGGAAGGCUGCUGAGGUCUUCGGGGUAGGUCGUACGUCCAUCGCAGACCGCCGCCGUGGCAAGGUGGCCAUGAACACGAAGGUUGGUCCCGAGACCAUCCUGAGCAAAGAAGAGGAGGAUUCGCUGGAACAUAUUCUGCUGUUUGCUGCUCGCAACUUAUUGGCUGUGGAUCGGGUUCACCUCAGAGAUGCGGUGCGACGACUAUCCAUUGGGAUCCAGAGAAGGGUCGGGGAAAGAUUGGCUUGCGGGCUUUCUUCGUAG